AUGGUCUCCCUUCUGUUCACUACGAUCUCCCUUCUUUCCCCCGCUCUCCCCUCUUUUCCCUGCUCUCCCCUCUUUCCCCCGCUCUCCCCCCUACUCUCCAUUCUUUCCCCCGCUCUCCCCUCUUUCCCCACGCUCUCCCCUCUUUCUUUCCCCCCGCUCUCAACUCUUCACCCUGCACUUUCCCUUUUCCCCACGCUCUCUCCUCUUUCCCUUUUUCCCACGCUCUCCCCUCUUUCCCUUUUCCCCACGCUCUCCCUUCUUUCCCUUUCCUCCCCGCUCUCCCCUCUUUUGCCCACGCUCUCAUUCCCCUGUGCCCCCCCCAUCUCCCCCCUAUACGCUCAGCCUCUCCUCCUGCCCUCUCUCUCCCCUCUUCAUAUUGUGCCCUACCCCUCUUGUUCUCUCAGCCUCUCCCAUCUGCUCUUCCUCGUCCUCCCAGGUCUUUGCCCCCUCCCACUUGUUCCCUCUCCCACUCCUCUCCUAUCCUCUCCCCCCUUUCCCUGCUCUCAUACCCUCGUUCCCUGUUAUCCCUCCUUCCUCCUUGCUCUCUCUCCUCUCCCCCAUCUCUCUUCCAUUCCCCCCAAUUCAAAUGGCUCUCAUUCAGCUUUUUCCUAUCCGUCCUCCCUUCCCCUUUUCCGCUUCCGCCAUUCCCAUUUUCCCCGUCCCGCCCCCCUCUUUUCCGUCAUCAGCCUCUUGACGUCUCUCGAUCUCGACUCCCCAUGGGAGCGUUGCACAAUCAGCAGCUACACCAAUAACCGUACCUCCCGCGCUCCUCUCCACGCCUUCCCCGCCCUUCGUUCCCUCUCCCUCCUCCUCCCCGUCUCUCAUCUCGACUCCCUUCCCCACUGCUCCUUCCUCACCCCCCUCGCCCUCUUUAACCCCCACCCCUCCACCCUCUCCUCCCUCGCCUCCUCCUCCUCAGCCGUCCGGCCCAUCCUCAAAACCUUAAACCUCAAAUCAGCUGAACUAACGGCCUGCCUCGCACCUCUCGCCUCCUUCCCCUCCCUCUCCUCCCUCGAUCUUCAAACCUGCAGCAUCGACCCUUUUGAGCUGCAUGCCCUCUCUCGCUCCCUCCACACGCUCACUGACUUGGGCAUAAUCAACUGCCCUUUGAUCUCCAGCCACUCCCUCGCCACCCUCGCUCAAACAAACCUGGCUCUCUCCUCCCUCUCUCUCCACACCACCUCAUACCAUCUCUUCAGCGCACAAGGCCUCUGGUCUCUGUUUCACGCCCCUCCCGCGCACCUGCACACGCUUUCAUUCUCCGGGCUGCCCUCCUUCCGCCCCGGCCUGCUUGCCCACUGCAGCGGCCUGCAAUCUCUGACGAUAGCAGGUCGGUGGGAGAUAGCACCGCGUUUCAGCGUCAGGGGUUGUGAUGAUGAGGCGGGGCAGGAAAUGGAAAGAAUGGGGUGGGGGUUUGAUGAUGAUUGGCUGACUUGGGGAGGAAGUUUUGGAGAGGUGGAUUUGGGGGAAGCGGCAGCGGCGGCGGCGGUGCCGACUCAGCAGGUGUCUCUAGAGAGUCUUGUGGCGAUUUUGGAUCAAGCUGCAGCGACAGAGAGGGAGCAUGCGAUGAUUGAGGCGUUCUCUGCUGCUGGUGUGUUUGUGAAGAGGGAGAGUCGGGGAGGAGAGGGCGAAGGAGGAGCAGGCCUGCUUGAAGAGAUCGAUGGGAUACUGCUUGGCAACGACGUUGCUGGGACCGGGAGUGAUGGUGAUGGUGCUGGCGAUGCUGAUGGUGGUGGUGAGAGGGAGGGGGAAGGUGCUGCGGGGAACGUGAGUCCUCGCGCGACGGCGCUGGGUGUGAUACAGACGCUAAUGUGGCAGCUGGGUGAGGAGAGGAGGAACACGUAUGAGACCUUCGAACGCAUGCGCUGGCGCGUAGCUCGUGGUGCUGCCGGCUGGCCUGCACAUGAGGCAGGGCUCGCAGCAGCAGCAGGUGGCAUUCUUGGUGGUGGUGCUGCUGCUGCUGCUGCUGCUUCUGCUGAUGCUGGGGAAUUUUCACUUCACCACCACUCCCCAGCCUACCUGGCUGCCUCCGCACCUCCCCUCUGCAUCCCCUCCCAUGUGCUUCACAUCUUCCAGUCUACCCUCCUCAUCCUCCUCUGCGUUUCCCUUCCCGAGCCCGAGUGCCCAGCCUCAGACCUUUGA